AUGCAUUCAUCAACUGUUAUUCAAUCAAGUGGAUCUAUAUCAGAGGAGAUUAGAAAUGAAAUCGAUCGUUUUGAAUCUGUUCAUCCAUGUAUUUAUGCUAUUUAUGAUUUAUUAGAAUUUAUUCCUGAUCUCUCAACAAGAGCCCAACUAAGAGAUCAUAUGAUGACUCUAGAAGGUUCGUUUAUAAAAAAAAAAAAACUUUUAAAUAUAAAUAAAUAA